AUGAAUAACCAACAAGUACAAGAAAUAGCAAGGGAGUGUAACAACAAGAUACCUGAAAGAUACAUACGUAAACAACAUGAAGAAUAUGGUGGUCGACAUGUUACCAACACUAAUGCAUCCUCUCUACCAACUGCAGAGAUUCCGGUUGUUGAAUUCAGUCUCUUAACUUCAUCAUCUCAAGUGGAACUUGAUAAGCUUAAAUCAGCUGUUACUACAUGGGGCUGUUUUCAGGUAAUCAACCAUGGAAUUGACAGUUCGUUUUUGGAUAAAGUUCACGAAAUCACCAGACUCUUCUUCAAAGUACCUGCAGAGGAGAAGAGAAAAUGCCUGAGAGAAGAAAAUGAUGUUGAAGGCUACGGGAAUGAUACGGUUUACUUUGAUCAACAGACUAUUGACUGGACUGAUAGGCUUUAUCUCACUGUUCUUCCACAUGACCAACGAAAGCUUGAAUUUUGGCCUCAAAGUCCAAGUGACUUCAGGGAAGUUCUUGACGAAUAUAUCUCCAAAAUAGAUAUGAUGAACGAGAUUGUACAAAAGGCCCUAGCUAGAUCAUUAAACUUGGAGGAAGAUUGCUUUUUGAAACAAUAUGGGAGAGGCAAGAUGGAAGCAAGAUUUAGCUACUACCCUCCUUGUCCGUGGCCCGCAAAGGUCUUGGGAAUCAAACCACAUGCUGAUGCUACCGUGAUCACAUUUCUGUUGCAAGACAAAGAGGUUGAAGGUCUUGAAAUUUUGAAAGAUGAUCAGUGGUUUAGAGUUCCUAUUGUUCCUGAUGCUCUAACCAUCAAUUUUGGUGAUGAAAUCGAGAUAAUGAGUAAUGGGAUAUUUAAGAGCCCAGUUCAUAGAGUGUCAGUAAACUCAGAAAAAGAAAGGAUGACAUUGGCAUUGUUCUGCAUGCCUCAAACUGAAACAAAUAUUGUUGUACCCGUUGAAGAGCUCGUCACCGAUGAAACACCAAGGUUAUACAAGGAUGCGACAUAUACUCUCGAUUUCUAUUUUGAGAAUUACCAGCAUCAUAGAAGACCUAUUGAUACUUACAAGAUAUGACAAUGCUCAGAAGAUGGCCUCUGUAUCUAAAGUUUCCUAAUUUGCUAUGUGUGUAUCCUGAAAAUAAGAUGAAACCUAUCCUACAUAGUGUGUUUGUGUGUGUGUGUGUUUGGUUGUUAGUAUACUUGUGAUUGUAUAUAAAUAAGUACCAAGCUGAACUUGCAAAUGUUUAGACUGCACAUUUCAUACUUAAAUGUUUGUAUCAAAGACUUUGAGGCUCUAAUACGCCUUUUUGUGGUUUUAAGUGGGUUGUAACACCUAUUGUAUCCUGUAUCUUUAAUAAUAUUUUUAAAA